AAAUAAGGACCCACUGACAUUUCUCCGAGCUGCCAUAGCAAAACCAUGGGUAUAUGUGCGUCGGUGCUGAGGCAGAAAAAGGCGGCAGAGUUUAAACUCUGCACGGAUUUGGCCGCCGUGGAGUACCAAAAGGGGAAUAUGGCCGUGCAAUUGGGACUUUACGACGAGGCCAUCGUUCGUUAUCGAAACAUGGAGAGUCUUUUGCUCAAGGCCUAUUCUUGUACAACUACGCUUCCCUUUCUCUCCUGGAGUGAGCAGAAUCAAGUGAAGGCUCUUCAGGACCAGAUAGUGAUAGUAUUGGCAAGUGUCUCGGAGAUGUUGCAGUUGUUAUAUCGGCGACCAGCAGGAGGCGUGGCACCAAUGAAGUUGCCACCAAACAUUAAUAUCAACCACAACGGAGGAGGAGGCGGAGGAGGUGGUGGCGGGGGUAAUGGAGGAGAUGGUAGCAUACAAAUGGUUUAUAUGCACAACUCCUAUAACUUCUACGUGAACUGA